UCUUGUCGAGUGACGCAAACGAGAGCUAGACCUCAGCGUGGAGAAGUUCUAACCCAUUUUUGAAGAAAAUCCGGCGUUUCCUUCAAAAGUGUGAGGUCUCAUUCCCGUUUCUCCGUACCACUCUUUAGUAUAAACUCUAAUAUUUAUUUUGGUCGUGUUUUCGCUGUGUCGGAGUUUGUCUGUGUCGAAAAAUUUGUCUUUGAAGAUAAGAGGUUGAGCUUCGAGUUUCAGUCGGCCGUUGUUUGUCAGCACGUUGUCGUUCUGAAAUUUGUCUGUUGGUGGUACAAAAUGUCUCAAAAAACGCCGAUAAGCUUAAUGAACGAACUUGCUAAGGCCAACAAUCUYGAACCAGAGUACAAAGUCCUUGAAGAGACUGGMCCGGCUCACAAAAAGACCUUUAAAGUUGAACUCCGUUUGGGAGAAGUGGGACACUGGGAAGCCACUGGCAAUUCCAUCAAGGAAGCRAAGCAUGCAGCUGCUGGUAAAGGCCUCGAGAAUUGCGGUCUUUGCCUUCCUGAGAAAGCUGUUACCAAACCACCAGUCAAUUUAACUCCUACAGUAGAGCUCAAUGGACUGGCCAUGAAACUUGGGAAGCCAACCCAAUACAGAGAUCUGCCACCCAAGCCUCUACCCUCACACACACAUGGGCAAUUUCCAGCACAGAUCCCACGUCACAUGAGUCCAGGUUUCCGUGGUAUGUCAAAUAUGCAGCACCAGGGCUUUAACCAAAUGAAUUAUGGAAUGCAACAACGACCUUAUAACCAGUACAAUUCAAUGUAUUACCCWCGUCAGGCACCUCGUAUGAUGAGGGUAUCUCUAACUGUCGGCGAACAGGAAUAUAUUGGUGAGGGRCGAGACAAGCAACAGGCACGACAUAAUGCAGCUAAAAAGGCAUCAGAGGAGCUACGGCARGAGCUACAAGCUAAACUCUGUUCUGAAGAAAAAGUCCUGAAUGGUACGGAUGCAACCGAUUCUGAUCUUAGUGCUCCWGUAGAAGGCAGCGCAACAGAGGCAGAAGAGCAAGAAAAUGUCAAAUCRGAGAUAAGCCUUGUAUAUGAAGAGGCCACCAAAAGAAAACUGCUUGUUGAUUUUGCAGAUGUCAAUAACRUUGGUCCYGCUCACAUGAAGAAGUUCCUCGUAAGAGCAACAGUUGGGGACUUUGUAGUUGAAGGGGAAGGUAUGAGAAAGAAAGAUGCCAAAAAAGAAGCGGCUAUAAAAAUGCUGGMAGAGUUGAAAAAACUACCUGAGAUUCCUGAAUCAGACUUGAAAAGGCAGAAAAAUGGCCACUAUCUCAAGCGUAAUGGACCCAAGAGAAACAAACCAAAGCCAAAGUCUGAUCUUGAUCCAACAAUGAAUCCUAUUAGUAUACUUGGGCAAAUUCUGCAAGGUCGUCAUGAGCCGGCACCUGUCUAUAGUCUGGUGGAGGAACGAGGUCAUUUGACAGAGAAAAAGUUUGUCCUUCAAGUAACUGUUGGCAAGCAUCAAGCUACUGGUGAGGGCUCAAAUAAGAAGACGGCUAAGARGAAUGCAGCUGAAGCUAUGCUUGUAUUGAUGGGUUUUAGGCCUACAAAGGAAGAGAAACUAAAGCAGCAGGGAUCACUAAAUGGGACUUCYGGAACAAGUGAUCAAAACAGUGGUCAGGGYCGUCAGCUCAARCCAGGCUUGUUACCAAUGGUUCCAGAGYUAGCCAAGCAGUUUGGCUGUCCKGUAGUCACUCCUGUCGUCCCAGUAAAGGAMGAMRAACCAGAACCCCCACAACCAGGGGUGUUAAACAGGGCACCUGGKGCUCCAGUAGCCACUCCAGUCAUCCAGGCUCCAGGAAAACAGUUAUCAAAAGUACAGGCACUGUUACAAGUUGCCGAGAGUAAAGGCAUGUUAGUCCAUAUAUCACACUAUCCAAAGAUAAUUUAGUAGUUAUGAAAAUCUCCAAAAAAUAGCAAGCAAAAAAAAAAAAAAGAAAAAAGAAGAAGAAAAAAAUUGAGCAAACAUAUUCCACUUUGUGUAAUAAAAAAAUGAGCAAAUAAAAAUUAUAUAUAUACUCUU